CGUGCGUAGCCACCACUACUUGGUUCCAGUUCACCAGCACUAGCCUAGAUAUCUUGUUCGCAACACACUACAUUUAUCUCUCUGUGUGACUCGACAAGAUGACGUCCUCCAACAUGGUCUCAAUCAUUGAGGAUAUCGUCGCGGCUGGAAAGGCGUACGAGGGCAACAGGGCUGGAUCUCGUGAGACGCUGAUCGACCUGAGUUACGCACUUGCCGGCAAACUCGAAAUUCCAAGCGAGUUUCUCCAGAGAACCUUUUGGGCCGAACCAGCGAAAUCGGCCAACUGCCGGACUGCCGUUCGCCUCAACAUCUUCCAGCACCUCAAAGAUGCAGGCGACGAAGGCCUCAGCGAUGAGGAUCUAGCAAAGAAGACGGGAGUGGGCAUCGACCUGCAUCUGCUGCAACGUUUAAUGAGACACCUAGCAGUUUUUCAUGUUGUGUCGUUCACAAAGGGAAAGUGGUGCGCUACAGCUUUGAGCAACGGUCUCGCGGAGCAGAAUUACCAGAGAAGCAUUGAAUUCUGCUAUGAUUCGGGGAUGCCCUCGUUUUACAAAUUCCCCGAAUACUUCAAGAACAAUGGAUAUAAUCUCCCAAAGUCCGAUACCGAUGGACCAUUUCAAUAUGCUCAUAAGUCCCAGAUAUCCUUCUUCCCCUGGAUAGAAGCCAAUCCACCCAACCUUGCCAACUUUGCCACGUUCAUGUCUGCAUACAGAGCGGGCAAACCAAACUGGUUUGACCCGGGCUUCUAUCCGGUGAAUGAGCGCCUUAUUGAGGGAUUCGAUGCUUCCUACAGCGAGGUGCUGCUCGUUGACGUGGGCGGCGGCCGUGGACACGACAUGGUCCAUCUUUCAGCCCAAUAUCCUUCGCUUCCCGGAAAACUAGUUUUGCAAGACCAAGAACCUGUCAUCGCCAGCAUUGGCAUCCAAGACCCGCCGUUCGAGGCUCAGGUCCACGACUUCUACACGCCCCAACCCAUCAAGGCUCGCGCUUACGCUCUGCACUCGGUUCUGCACGACUGGGGUGAUGAGCAAGGUGUACAAAUCCUUGAGAAUCUCAAGCCGGCCUUGAAGACGGGAUACUCCCGCGUGCUUCUCUUCGAGAUUGUCGUGUCCGAGGACCAACCGUCGCGUGCAGCCACGACGAUGGACAUGCAAAUGCUGGCUCACGUGUCUGUUGGCGAGCGCACAGAGAAAGACUGGAGAGACAUUAUUGAGAGACGCGCAGGUCUGAAAAUCACUAAUAUCUACAUCUAUCCUGGUGUUGCUGAAAGCCUCAUUGAGGCAGAACUGCCUGGCAGUGGAACAUAGGGGUAGAUGAUCCACCACGGAGAUAGUCAGGGAAUGGAGAAGAGAAGCAACCCAGGCUUGUGUGCUAGGUCAAAACAAAUCGCGUUAAAACGGUACAAAUAAGAACGCAGGUUAGGCAUCCAGGAGUGACGUAGGGAUAGCAUAGAUACAAACACAAACGUUCAGCCCCAAAUAUAGUACGUCUUACUGAAUGUCAUGAGGCCGAGGAGGCACCCGUCAUAGCAACACUGUACUAUGGCUAGAAAUUAGAGACAAAAGUAACUAUAAUACAGC